UCGGGGUCUCGCCGGCAGGGGGGGCACGCCGGCAGUGAUGUGGCUGACGUCAGACGUCAUUAGCAUAUCUGCUGGUAUAUGUGCGCUCGCGCGGGGCCGCGUCUUGCCUUGUGCUGCUGUUGCCACGACGUCGAGCUCACCCUCAGAACAACUCCUCGAGCUGCAAAAAUGAGCGACAAACCCGACAUCUCGGAGGUGACCAGCUUCGACAAGAACAAGCUGAAGAAGACGCAAACUCAGGAGAAGAACGUCCUGCCCACAAAAGAAACCAUCGAACAGGAGAAGGCCGCAGCGACGUCGUGAAGCCCCUCGCCAUGCGCCGCGUGCCCCCUCCCGUCCCCACCUCUCCUUCCAUCCUUGCUUCCUUUUCCUUCCUUACUCCCUCCCUUCCGCAUGGCCUUGUUUUCAUCAGUCACUUCUCCUAGCUGUAUAACUUUGUAACCGAAAACGAUGAAACCCGCAACGAUGCCACCCGCUCACGCAGACAGACGCCGCCGCAGGUCGACACAGCCACGCCGCCAUCUUGGUAUUUUUUAUUUUUUUUUGGGUCCCGAGGGAUGAAGAAGCGGAGGAGGAGGUCGAGUCUCCCGGAGGUGCGGGUCUCCGCCGCAGAGAGGUUGAGGAGGCGCCGGACGGAAGCACGUCGCCGCCGCCCGACUUCCUGCGUGUCUGCUUUCGCGCCAAACAAAAAGGCGUCCGGCUUUCUGCUCUUAUGUCGUCUUUCUAAUUCUCGGAAAUGCACAACUUUGUCUGUACGCUUGUCAAAAUGUUCAUGAACGCCCCUACAAAUUUGACGGUUGUAUGUAUGUUUUUAUUUCUUUAAAAAAAAAAAAGGAUUUCAAGUAGUUCUGGAACCAAACGGACCUUGUUUUGUGGUUAAAAUGUACUUUGGCUCCUUUUGUUUGAGUGAUUCACGAUUUUGUGUCACAAUCUGACGCGCAAGGGAAAACAAAAUGUGUCACUUGAGUCGAUGCGCUCUUAAGUCAAUCCUUGGAAGUUGUUUUUUUUUUGUUUUUUGUUUUGAAAGUCCCAGCAGUCACAUUACUCCGCCGCAAUCCAUUGCAAGGAAUGGAAAAACAUGAAAUGUUGUAAUAAAAAAAAUAAAAAAAGAUUUGCUACCAAGA